AUGAUUAACCCAAUAACGAUAAAAAAAAACAAACUUCAAUCUUGGGCACAACUUCUUUCACACAAUAAGACACAAACAAAAACUUGUUCAAACACCACCUCUUAUAGCCAACCCUUCAAACCUAAUCAAACCUAUUGUCGGUCCGAGUCAAAUCAAGCCUUGAAAACUUCUCAAUUGAUCAAAUAA